UACUCGUGUCCCCGGCACAGUCGCAUGCUCUCGAUGCAGGAGCUGCCAGGCCAUCCUCUCUAUCGCUCACAGCAGCCAGUAUACCACACUCGUUAAUACCCCCCAUUUGCAGUUCCUAGCAUACCCGCCGCGAUGCUGUCCAAGAGUGGUCUCGUUGUGCUCUCGCUGGCAUCGGCCUGCAUGGCCUGGCCCUGGGGCAGGGCUGGCAAGUGGUCUGACAGGCAGAGAACCACCUGCCAUGGCCACGAGGCCCUCCUCAACUACACCACCGUCACCGGCUUCUUCCUGCAGGACGACCCCAGCACAAAUCCCAGCGGCUUUGACUACACAACCACCAACUACGGCCUGAUCAACCAGUCGUACCCCACGGAUGCCGAGUUUGACCCUACUGGUGCCCGGACUCUGUGGGAACGCUUCGAGUACUAUGUCAACUCGCUUAACCAAGCCGCUGACAAGAACACCCAGUACAAGGUCCUCUUGUUCGGACGUCACGGCGAGGGUUACCACAACGCGGCCGAGAGCGCCUUUGGCACUCCCGCCUGGAAUUGUUACUGGGGUCCCCUCGAUGGCAACGGCACCGUCACCUGGCGCGACGCCGCCCUGACCCAGGCCGGCAUUGACCAGACCACCAAGGCGUUUGAUUUCUGGACCAGACAGCUGUCGGACGCGGUCAAGAUGCCGGCGCCGCAGUCGUACUACAGCAGCCCGCUGCGGCGCUGCUGGCAGACGGCGCAGCUCAGCUUCGCGGGGCUCCGGCUCCCCGCGGACCGCCCCUUUGUCCCCGUGAUCAAGGAGUUCUUCCGCGAGGGCAUCUCGAUGCGGACGUGCGACGAGCGCAACAACAAGACCUGGAUCCACGAGCAGGUGCCCAACUUCCUGUUCGAGGACGGCUUCACCGAGCUCGACGAGCUGUGGCGCGGCUACGAGGCCGAGACGGACGAGGCGCAGGUCAAGCGCACAAAGGCCGUCCUCGACGACGUCUUUGCCCACGACGACGCCACCUGGAUCUCCAUCACCGCCCACAGCGGCGCCAUCUCCAAGCACCUCCAGGUCCUGGGCCACCGCGCCUUCCGCCUCGGCACGGGCCAGGCCAUCCCCGUCCUCGUAAAGGCCCAGAACCUCCGCAAGGUCGACACCCCGACCUCGACCAUCGAGUCCUGGUGGUCGGAGCCCACCUGCGCCAACGGCCCGCCCAUCACCAGCAUCGGCGGGACCGGCUGCAUCUGCUCUACCGGCUCGGCCACGGCUACUUUCUCUGCCUCGGCCUCGGCUGUUGCUACCGAGAGUUCCAGUGUCACGGUCACCGAUGGCAGCGUCAUCACCCCCGCGCCGACCACCUCGGUCGUCUGAGCUUGUAAAGAUGGGUGGUUGUGUCUCUCAUCGGUUGCAUUCUUGUAAAUACUUGGAGGACAUGUGUGUAGUUAGACCAAAAUGGGGGACUGGCGAUAA